GACCUUCCUGCGUCACAACCAUCGACAAACGUGCGAUUCUACGUGCUGGAGGUUUUUGACCCUGUCUGCCUGCCGUACUGAAGCUGCGCUCAGCCGUCCUGUGUUUUCAUUGUCGGGUCACGUGGUUUCCAGGGUUCGGACUCGGUUCCGAGGCAGUGGGAUGUCGGCGCUGAGCCUGCAGAGGAGCGGCCGUCUGUCCGCCGCCACGCAGCGGCUCUACAGUCUUAACGCGGCCGCACCGCUGCUGCGCACGCGCGCGUACGUGGACGGCCAGUGGGUUUCCGCGGCGGACGCGUUCCCGGUCCUGGACCCGGCCACCGGGCGCGAGCUGGCCCGGGUAUCUGACUGCGGGCCAGAGGAGGCCAAGCGGGCCGUGCACGCCGCUUACACGGCUUUUCACGCGUGGAAACGGGUGACUGCAAAGGAGAGGAGCGUCCUGCUGAGGAGGUGGUUCGACCUGCUGACGCAGCACAAAGAGGAGCUCGCCAAGAUCAUCACCUUUGAGAGCGGUAAGCCCAUGAGGGAGUCCGUUGGGGAGGUGGCGUACUCCGCGUCUUUCCUGGAGUGGUUCUCUGAGGAGGCGCGCCGCAUUUAUGGGGACAUUGUUCCAGCUUCUGCCACAGACCGGAAGCUCCUCCUCCUUAAACAGCCAGUGGGUGUGGCCUCCAUCAUCACACCGUGGAACUUUCCCAGCGCCAUGAUCACUCGGAAGGUGGGCGCGGCUCUGGCUGCCGGCUGCACGGUGGUGGUCAAACCGGCCGAGGACACGCCGCUGUCUGCGCUGGCUCUGGCAGAGCUGGCAGAGAAGGCGGGGAUCCCCGCCGGCGUCUUCAACGUGGUUCCCUGCUCCAGAGAGAAGACCCCCUCCGUGGGGCAGGUCCUCUGCACCGACCCGCUGGUGGCAAAGAUCUCCUUCACCGGGUCCACGGCCACAGGGAAGCUGCUGCUGAAAAUGGCGGCUGACACGGUAAAGAGAGUUUCGAUGGAGCUCGGUGGCCACGCCCCCUUCAUCGUCUUUGACAGCGCUGACGUUGACAAAGCAGUGGGCGGAGCCAUGGCCUCCAAGUUCAGGAACUCUGGCCAGACGUGCGUCUGCUCCAACCGCUUCCUGGUGCAGUCUGGGAUCUACCAGCUCUUCCUGGACAAGCUGGGCCGCGCCAUGGACGCCGAGCUCCGCCUGGGUCACGGUUCGGAGCCGGACACCACGCAGGGGCCGCUCAUCAACGCCAGGGCGGCGGAGAAGGUGGCCCAUCAAAUAUCCGACGCCGUGUCCCACGGCGCCAAAGUGCUGAGAGGCGGGAAGCGCCUGGAGGGGUCCUUCAUGGAGCCGACUCUGCUGGCCGACGUCUCCACGGAGAUGCUGUGCACCAGGGAGGAGACGUUUGGACCGCUGCUUCCUGUCAUCAGGUUUGAGACGGAGGAGGAGGCGGUGGCCGUGGCGAACUCUGCCAACGUGGGGCUGGCAGGUUAUUUCUACUCGCAGGACGUGAGUCAGAUCUGGAGGGUGGCGGAGGCGUUGGAGGUUGGGAUGGUGGGGGUGAACGAGGGGCUCCUGUCCGCCCCCGAGGCCCCCUUCGGCGGGGUCAAACAGUCUGGGUUGGGUCGUGAAGGGUCCAAGUACGGCGUGGACGAGUAUCUGGAGGUGAAGUACAUGUGCUUCGGAGGCCUGAAACCCUGAUGCCCCCAAAUCCAGGAGGUGGUCUUCUGGGUCCUGCUCAGGUCCAGACCCACGUGAUCAUCCAGGUUCUGGUCCAAGCUGUGGGUCCACAGCUCAGUAACUCAAUAACAUAAAUGUUCUGAUCGUCAUAGCGACCUGUACUCAGUUCUGUCCUCACAUCCUCUGUCGUGAUCCGGGCCACAGAUGGUUCUGUGGGCUCCUCUCAUUGGUUUACCGUCCACCAAUAGAUGAGAGACGGGCUGUACUGGGUCAGAACCCAAACAUCCUGAUGGUUCUGGAGUAGAUCAGAACCUUUAGAACCAAUCGAGGAACAACAAAUGUUUUUAAAACAUGUUUUAAUGACUACUGAAAUAUGAAGGAUCCUUAGAACCCGGUACUUCCUGUAGGUCCUCUGUUUCUGUGGGGGCGGAGUCUGUGGAUCCUCUGUAAACGUUUUCAUAUGUUCAUGCUGGAAUAAAAACAUUAAUCGUCUCUGAA